GUACACAUCCAUGUAGUCUGAGGCCAGCUUUGCGCGCAAAAUGAUCUCGGGUCUCGUGUUUGUGACAUUUUUGACGCUAAACGUUGCCUCAGCGGUACUGCCUCCAAUAAAGGUGCUGAACGAUGGCAAUAAGAUGCCGAUGCUUGCACUGGGGACGCACAAUUCAACUGGCGAGGCAGCGUUCACAGCCACUGUCUCCGCCAUCGAGAUAGGCUAUCGGCACAUCGACACUGCAGUCAUCUACGAAAACGAGGAGCAGAUAGGCAGAGCCAUCGCUGAUGUGGUGAAGCGAGGACUUGUCAAGAGAGAGGAUCUCUUUAUUACAACCAAGCUUUGGAAUGACAAGCACUCCAGAGAAGACGUAGUUCCGGCAUUAAAAGAAGCUUUGGGAAGACUCAACUUGACAUAUGCAGACCUAUACCUCAUACAUUUCCCCAUAGGUGAAAAGGCGGAAAAUAAACUGGCGGAUACUGAUUAUCUUGAAACGUGGAAGGGCAUGGAGGACGCCAAAAAGCUGGGACUGGCCAAAUCCAUUGGAGUGUCCAACUUCAACAGCGAGCAGAUAGACAGGAUUAUUGCCAACAGUCACACGAUACCUGCAGUGAACCAAAUAGAGGUGAGCCCGUCGCUGACGCAAGAAUCUUUGGUAGCCUAUUGUCAGAAAAAAGGAAUUGUUGUCAUGGCCCACAGCCCAUUCGGCUUCAUGGUGGACAGAGAAUCUCUGGAGUCUCCGCCUCCCGCACCCGACGAUCCGGUACUGACGAAGAUAGCGAAGAAAUACGGGAAGACCACGUUCCAAGUGGUGCUACGGUAUUUGGUUGAUCGCGGAACAGCUCCAGUACCCAAAUCAGCAAACAAGGAUCGCCAAAAGCAGAAUAUCGACAUAUACGAUUUCAAACUUACGGAGGAAGAAAUUGCAGCUAUCAACAAAUUUAACAGUAACACCCGAGUAAUAAAGGGUGUGUUCUGGUUUGAUCACCCUUAUUACCCUUUUAAUAAAGAUUAGAUUGCCUACACGUAAGCUAUUAUCAACGGCUAGCUACUACAUAUAAAUAACUAUAAAGGCAUUUACGAGAAUAAAUAUCAUAACUUUAUCGUGUGUCUUUUUUUUUCAGGUUGAUACAUUUAUUUACAUACAAUAUAUAUACAGUGGCACAACUAAACGAAAUUAAUAACUAGUUUAAAUCUAAAAUAGGCCCCUGAGGCAUUAUACCAAGGAUGCUGGCGGCAUUUCCCCGCUGUAUCGCAAUACUGAAUCGUGUGUCUUGAUUUAGGAGUCUAUCGUAUCUCAAGUAUGCAAGAGUCUUACUCUGAUUUAGGAGUCUAUUGUAUCUCAAGUAUGCAAGAGUCUUACUCUGAUUUUGGACAAAGGAGAACGAAAAGAGGCACGAAUUAAAGCACUAUGUCACAGGAAUAGUUGUGGACUAUAUGCCUAUUUUUUGCUUGAUUGUCUAUUGUUAAAGUUCAAUCGAGUUUAGGGUUAGUCAAAAAGUGAUCAAACAAAGAUACUUGUUAAAUUUUAAGUGAUUUGUAAAAAACGCGAGGUGAGAAAUAAAUCAAAUAAAAGACAAAAGUUCUCAAAAUACUAGAUAGUACUUCAUAUAAAAUGUAUUUUCAAUGUUUACAAAAUAAACAUAAGUAUGCCAUAAAAUUUUAUUAUUCUAGAUUUUCCCAUUUGUAAUUCUGUAACAUAAAGUACUAAUUAAAUUAUAAUUACAUAAAAUGUGAUUUUGUUAUCAUGACCCUAUGUCUUAUCACAUCUGGAGCCUAAUUCUGAAAUGCUGCUUAAUACAAUAACUCCACUCAAUCCAGUAAAAUAUCACAUAUUACGUGCGGUCUUGUUAAAGUUUUUUUUAACAUAAUACCAAAUUUUUAAUUCUAUAACCAGUCAUUAAAACCUACAACUUAUGGAGGGUAGAUGUAAGUAGAACAAUCUCUGUGUAUGAAAAUAUGC